CCAGCGGGCAGCGGUUGAGGAUGCGGGCGCCGAUGAGGCAGCCGGCAUCCCCAACUACGCGCACUACAACAACCGCCGCAAUGUGGGCUACAACGACCCCGGAGCUGGGCCAAGCAACGCCCCGCCUGCGCCUAACUACCUGGCCGCGGCGAUGAACAACCGUGGUGGACCGUCCCAGCCGUCCUACCCCAACAGCGGGCACGAGGCACACCGGCCCUUCAAGCGGAACGCGGUGAGCUGCCGCAACUGUGGACUCCGGACUACCGAUGUCCAGGAGCACAUGCGCUCGGGCGAGUGCGAGCGGAUCCGCAACGUCACCAACAACGCUCCGGUUCCGUCCUGGAAGCGUCCCGAUGGCGGCCGAGGAGGCCGUGGAGGACGCGGGGGACGGGGCGGUGGACGUGGCCGUGGGCGCGGACGCGGCGACGGCAAUGAUUUCGGUGCUGGUGAUGAGAUGCAGAACUAGGAGGUUGGCGAGCGUUUAAGGGGACCGGUAACAGCUGAUACCUUAGAGGGUAACGGCGCCGGAGAAGUCGAGUUGCUGCCGCCUCCGCCAAUGGCUGAGACAUCGGACCGUAUGUUUUCACCU